UACUUCCCAAGGGUUUUACUGUCAAUAAGUGUGUGUUCUUUGACAUCUUUCCUGGUUAAAGGGUGUCUGUAUAUUAUGUUUGUUUAGUUUACAGAAGGCGCUUUUCUCUAGUCAGUGAUGCAGUAAAGCUGAUUACAAGUCCCUUGCGUUUUAGGUUUAUCAACCCUUAGCCCAGCCAUUGUAAACAAAGCUGUUUCUCACAUUAAUUACUAGCCUUGCUUUCUUCAAAAUCUGUUCUUAGGUUGUGCUCAGCUUCAUUUGUCUUUCAAUCCUCCCUAUUUCUGACAGAUUGUUAUCUCUUCCUGUCUGUACACCAUGUGUUCAGCACAUCUGGGCUUAGUGUGUUUAAUGGAGCUCCUAUCAGGGGCACUGUCUGGGGUACAAAGAGUAAACCCUUGCUUCCAGCCUCCCUCCAUCCCCACUGUCUCCUCUUCUCGAUCUCCUUUCCUCCUGUAGAUUAUCCCAUCUGUGGAUUAUCCCAAUGGAUUUCACAUCUGGGCAGCUGUUCUAAGUGAUGCAGUGAAGACAAAAUGAAGCAGAGGGGGAAUGACAGCUGAUUUAAACCUGAAAUUAACUACACAGGCGUGAAAUGGAGACCUCGCUUGUGGUUCUCUGUGAAUGAAGAGCUUCUCUGCAGUUGUAAAAUCUGAUUACCAAUGCCUGGGACUGUGUCUGUGGCUUAGUUUAUAGUUGAACAUGACCCUGCAUUAAAAUCAAAUAGUUGAGUAUAGCUUUUCUCCAGCAUGCAUCUCUCUGUCACUAUCAGAUGUUAUGUCCCAGGUGAGCUGAGGUAAAUUUACUCAAUAAUUCUACCCGCCUUGUUAUUAAUAAGAAGACCAGUCCUCCACACAAAAGUAGAUUAUAAAAAGCACGGGUCUCCAGUAAAAUAAUUAGAAUUUGGGACAGUAUGCAAAACAUGUAAGUAAACUUGUUGCACCUGUACAUCAUUACUCAAAAACUGCAUGGUGCAAACACAUGCUGCAUUUGAAAGGAAGGUAGAUGAUGAUGGUGUCCUAGAAAAUGCUCAUACAUUUAUACAUAUUUGAUGAGAGGAAGCAUAAACAAAAUCAAUUCAAUUUAAACAGCAUCCUGUUAUUUUCCCCAACUGUUAAUUAUGCAUGCACAUGGAAAAUGAUUAAGUUAUUUCUUUUUUUUUGCCUUGUUUUUAUGUUCUGGCCUGGGGAAGACUAAGUGCACAGAGACUGCGUGACCUUGACCCCUGAUCGUUUAUGCAUGCACAUUGGCUGGUCUCCAUGGAUGAAUUUUAGAGCAUGAAAAUAUUUAAGAGAUUUAAUCCAUGGUCAGCAAAGCAAGCUCUACAUGGGCACCAGUGACUUUUGUGUGUCUCCAAACAAGUUUAUUGUUAACCAAACCAAGGAUUUCCUCAGUGCAGAUGUUGCACACUAUUAUUUGUUCUGCAGUCCGAAUCUACCAAACCCUUUUCAACAGUCUUUGACAAUCUGCAAGCGUUCUUUGACCACCAUGCAAAUGCAGAUCAAGGGCUUGCUGCAGUUCUCGUUGCCCUUCUUCCCCACUGCUGAGAGAGACCUUUUGGGGAUCCAGCGACUGCUGAACUCCACCGAGUUCAGUCUCCACCAGCUAACAGCAUUGCUCGACUGCCGCGGGCUACACAAGGACUACCUGGAUGCCCUAAUGGGUGUGUGCUAUGAUGGGGUGGAAGGGCUCCUCUACCUCUCUUUGUUUUCUCUGCUGGCUGCCUGCGCACUCUCUGCCAUGCUGUGUGCGAUUUUUAGAGUGUGGACACUAAUAGGCAGCAGGGACAAAGAGUAUGACGACAUAGAUGAGGAGGACCCGUUCAACCCAGAAGCGCGGCGGAUAUCCUACAACCCCAGAAGGUCCAACAUCCAUAGUUUCUGUAGCUAUACCAGCAGCCUCGGUAACCAGGCCAGCCUUCAUCCACCUCCGCAAUCUGCCUCUAAUGUCAUGCCACCUCCUGAAUACAUGAAUCAGUCCAUGCUGUUUGGAGGGAGUCCUCGAUAUGAAAACGUGCCGCUGAUAGGGAGAGGAUCCCCACCUCCCUCGUACUCGCCCAGUAUGAGGACCACUUAUCUAUCUAUGACUGACGCCCAGAUCAGACACUUUGGGACUGACUUCCAGGUGUAACCUGCUACCUACGGAAUCCGUUUUAGAGAAGCACUUUCUGAGACGCUGCGUUUAUACCAAGGAGGUUGGCAUAAUCUCGCUAUUCCAAUCUGAGACAUGAAAGCAGGCCAUAUGAGGCAUUUACCGCAGUAAGACACCAAUGCAGUGCUCAGAAAGCCCUGCAUGCAGUUCUGAACAGAGAGGACCUGUACAGGUUCCUCUCAAGACUGUUGUGGAUGUUGUCAUGAUGUAUGGAAACACUGUUGCUCCAAUAUAAGCAUUUAUAUAAGCCAAAUCAAGAACCUUUGAACUGAUUUGAUGAAAAAAAUGUUUUUGCUUUUUUCUGUAUUCUGGUAGCCUGCAAGGAUAUGAUCAUCGAUACGGUCUUUUGGAAGACUGAAUAUGACCCAUAGCACUUCCAUCAUUGUGAUUUUUUUUCUAAAUCCCUACUCUUUGGCAGUUACUUAAUUCCUUCAUAUUCUGCCUUUGUGCAAUUUGUAAUGGUGCUAAAUGAAAUCAAACCAUAUUUUCAACUUUUCCAAAUAAUAAACAAAUUUAAAACUUUAAAGUUGAAAAUUUAAAGUUGUUCUAAGAUCCAUCUACCCUCAUUAUCUUGUAAAUGAGAAAGUCUUCUCUUCAGUGUUGGAUAAAUCUGCUGAAUGCUGUUUUCUGUGUUGGAUCAUGUAUCAAACUAAAUUAAUGUUUGAUCAUAAAUUCUGUAUUUACACUUGUGUGUUGUUGUGUACUUCGUUUCUACUUUCUACUUGUAAUUGUUUAAGCUCUUACUCUCACUCAAGUAACCCAGAAUUGCCUCUAGUAAUUGGAUUAGGCUGAUUGGGAUUUUUAGUGUCCCGUACCUGAGGAUGUCACACGGGGCAAUAUGUUCAGCCAGUUUCAUACAUCUAAUAAGACUGGCAGAAAAUGUGUCUCCACUCCAUAAAACAUCUUACAAAUAAAUUCAAGAGAGAUAUUAGCAAUGACAGUUAUGUCUUGAAUAAUGCACAACAUGAAAGAGUAACCAGGCUAAACAGUGUCCUCACUGGUUUUAAGGUUUCAAAGCUUGUGCUCUAUUGCGCCUGUAACCCCCAUCCAACAGUGAUGUCAUGGUGUCCUGCACAAUGUAUGCAUGCAUGUGCUUAAAUGGGCAUACUUGUAGUACAUACUAUAAGUACUUGUUUGACAUUUGUUUUUGCACUAUGCUUUAUACUGUGUGGUUUGUCUAUCUAUCUAUCUAUCUAUCUAUCCAUCCAUCCAUCCAUCCAUCCAUCCAUCCAUCACAGUGUAAGGUUACUCCUUACCCCACAACACAAUGUAAACACAUCUUACAGUUAUCAUUUCUACACGAUUAAAUGAAAUCCGUUUAACAGA